AAGAGAUGGUAAGUUGGCUAGUUGGCUAGCUAGCAUACAAGAAAUGGUAAGUUGGCUAGUUGGCUAGCUAGCAUACAAGAGAUGGUAAGUUGGCUAGGUGGCUAGGUAGCAUACAAGAGAUGGUAAGGUGGCUAGGUGGCUAGGUAGCAUACAAAAGAUGGUAAAUUGGCUAGUUGGCUAGCUAGCAAACAAGAGAUGGUAAGUUGGCUAGGUGGCUAGGUAGCAUACAAAAGAUGGUAAAUUGGCUAGUUGGCUAGCUAGCAAACAAGAGAUGGUAAGUUGGCUAGUUGGCUAGCUAGCAAACAAGAGCGGGAUAAACAGCUUAAACAAACGUUAUUCUUGGUGCGGAGGUGGUGACUGUGUGUAGCUGGCUAGCAGCAGGCAAGGGGUGAUAAUGUUUUCACUGAGCAUGGCAACGGAACUUAAAGAACGAACGACUGGGUCGCGUCUCUAGCAACCAAAAUAUGAAUUCGCUUCUACAAAUGAAAAUAUCAACGAAAAAUAAGUAUUUCUACCGGCAAAUGUGUGCUUUCAUAUUGUUUUAUUUGGCAACUGUGAUAUAAGUGGGAUAAACGCCGCUGUACAUUAUUUUUGAAAAAUGAAGUCCGCAGAGGGACCAUUAUUUCCAAGGUAACGUUAAUGUACAGAACGGAGGCGUUUACGUAUCCACCAAUCCAAAGAAAGGAUAGGCGGGAGCUAGUCAGCCCGCGGUGCCGAACUGGGACUUCAGUGCGUUUAAAACAAGAUCACUGACCUCAUGAUUUGACCUCGUAUUUUUCAGAGAUCCCAGUUGUUUUGAACUCGGCAUCAGUAUAUCGAUAAUUAUUGAGCAGACGCAGGUCUAGCAUCCGCGUAUCCACCUGAAAUCCAUAAAGCAGAAAUGCUAAACUGACCUUAGAUCAGGCAUUCUACUACGAUUCACAUAUCGAAACCGAAACAAGGUAAAUGCGUUUGGUUUUCAUAUUGUCAAUGGCAGUCGAAAUAAACUACAUCUCGCUCUGAGUUGAAAUUAGUGUUGUUUAAACUGAAACGGGUGAUGAACCUCUCAGAGGAGAACAGGACAGUCGUGGUCUCUGGUGUACCAGACAUACUGUCCAGCAGUCGCAUGGCAGACAAACUGGUUAUUCACUUCCAGAGCUCCAGAAGCCACGGAGGAGAUGUAGAAAACAUCAAGUACCCGACCAGCUUCAAGGGGGUGGCUUUUGUUACAUUUGAAAACACCAGAGAUGCUGAGAUGGUAAUCAGGAAGAAACAGAUCAUGUGUGAUAAGGAGUUCCCUCAAGACUACCCUAUCACUGUAUACAAAUUCACCCAAGACGUGUUGUUCUACGCGAACGCUAAAGUGGACCUGUCAAUCUUCGGUGACGAGGAACAGCAGGAGUCUGUGAUCCAAAGCUUGCAGCCUGCUCACAGAUCAGUGAGGAUCUGCCUUCUACCCAGACAGGAGGGUAAAGCUUCAGUGGAGGGGCCCUUCUCUGCUGUCAGGGCCCUGAGGGAGGACCUGCUCCAGCGGGUCACUACCAGCAGCAGCAGUCACCCAGGGGAGAAGCACAGGGCUCCAUUGAGCUCUGGUUACUCCCUGACCUCAGUGGCAGCAGGGAAUGGGGUAUCCCAGGUCAGCAGCAGUCAUGCCUGGGAAAAGCACAGGGCUCCAUCGAGCUCUGGUUACUCCCUGACCUCAGUGGCAGCAGGGAAUGGGGUAUCCCAGGUCAGCAGCAGUCAUGCCUGGGAAAAGCACAGGGCUCCAUCGAGCUCUGGUUACUCCCUGACCUCAGUGGCAGCAGGGAAUGGGGUAUCCCAGGUCAGCAGCAGUCAUGCCUGGGAAAAGCACAGGGCUCCAUCGAGCUCUGGUUACUCCCUGACCUCAGUGGCAGCAGGGAAUGGGGUAUCCCAGGUCAGCAGCAGUCAUGCCUGGGAAAAGCACAGAUCUCCAUCAAGCUAUGAUCAUUCCCUGAGCUCUGUGGUAGCAGAGACUAGGUCUUCCAGGGUCAGAUCUGGUGAUGGUGCUGAGGUGGACUUCCGGGUCAGCGGUUACACCUGGGAGAAGAAGAACGGGGCAGCUCCAUCAAGUGCUGAUCAUUCUCUGUCAAGCUCUGUGGCAGGAGGGAGUGGGGCUUCUACAAUAAAUGAAUCCUUGGAAAAGCACCGCAGGGCAGCUCCAUCAAGCUCUGAUCAUUCUCGGAGCUCCGUGGCAUCAGGGAGUGGGGAAUCCAAGGUCGUCAGCAGCAGUCACACAUUAGAGAAGUACAUCGCUCCGUCAAGCCAUGAUCAAUCUCUGUCAAGCCCAGUGGCAGCAGGGACUUCCAAGGUCAGCUCAGGGGGUGAUGUUGACGUGGAAGAGGAGUCCACGUGGGUGGACACAAACAUAUUUCUUUACAUUCAGAGAUUUUCUAAAGACCAGUUUGACCAAUGCCUUAGGAACCACGGUGUGUCAGCUGUGUUGGAUGACAAUGAUGUGGCCGACCUGACUCUGAUAUCGCUGAGAGGAGGACGCAACAGCAAGGGUCUCUCUGAAGUGCAGCUGACCAUGUCAGAGCUGACUGAUUUGGUCGCUGUUUGGCAGUCAACCCUGAGAAUCCACACUAUAGACUAUAGAAGGCAGGACGUGCUUGAGAGAAGGAGGCUGCUGCAAAUCUGUGCCGAGUUAAACAACCUUUAUGAAGACGUUCUGUACGUGCAGAAGGAGUUUAGUGUCCAGGUCAUCGGUCCCUCUAUGUCCAGUCAUCUCUUUAGUGAGUGUGUGAAGGAUAGAAUGGAUCAACUGGAUAAAGAGAACUUGUAGUCAGAAGGUGAAUCAUUUUACCAUUCUGCAAUAGCAGCUAUGCACGAAGAGCUUUUUGCGCGGUAUAUAUUGAUAGCACUGUGAGACGUUUUCAAGAGAUUUCUGUGACAACUAAAUAGUGUUGAGUUUGUGUUAUUUGCUGUGCCUCAACAAGGAUGCUGUUUUGUGUCAAGCUAGCCAUGAAAACGCAACCAGAUAAUAGACUAGAAACUACAUGUUAAUGAGUCAACACUAGAGGGUGCUGUUGUACUGAAUAUACACAAUUUGUUCCAUUAAAUCAAUUAUUUCUGUGUCCUGA